ACAACAACAGCAUUACUUCCUGUUUCUCGUUUUUACUGAGGAAUCGAGCCUAUUCUUCACAAGAGUCAAAUCGCGUCGUCAGCAAGUUCAUGCAUAGUAUAUUAAUCUGUGGAAUAAGUACAUGUUUUAAUGUAGUUUGUCGUGGAGUAGAGACAGUGAAUAUAUUACUGACCCACAUAUACAGUAUUAUACGGCUAUUGUACAGCGUUGAACUUCCAUCAGCAUCGGGAGUUAUUAUGAGCGAAGGAGAAGUAUUUCAUGAGAAGCAGAAACUGGAGUUGUGCGCUAUUCAUGCUCUGAACAACGUCCUCCAGGAGCGAGUGUUCACUAAGGAGUCAGCCGAUGACAUCUGCAAGCGGUUAGCUCCACAAUGUGUUGUGAAUCCUCACCGUUCAAUGUUAGGAACAGGGAACUAUGAUGUAAACGUUAUAAUGGCUGCGUUACAGAGCAGAGAUUUGGCUGCUGUGUGGUGGGACAAACGCAGGGCUGUACAGAACCUCUGUGUUUCCAAAGUCCACGGUUUCAUCCUGAACGUUCCAUCGCGUGUGUCUCUUGGAUUAGUGUCUCUGCCUCUUCGGAGGCGACACUGGCUGGCGGUGCGCCAGGUCAACGGACAGUACUACAACCUGGACUCCAAACUAAAGAGUCCUAUCUGCAUUGGGAAUGAGGCAGACCUCCGUGUGUUUCUCAGCGAACAACUUUCUCAGGACGUGGGUGAGAUGCUCCUUGUGGUUCGACGGGAUGUGGAAGAAGAUGGAACGUGGCUGAACUCCGAGGAGCCCAAGAAGUGAGCCCUUCAGGGCAGGACAUUCCUUCAUGCAGCAUGGACUUAUAAAAAAUACAGCAUUUUUCUUUUUUAAACAAGGGAUACUUCUCAAAAGAAAAAUCUUUCAGGGAACGCACUACGAGUUGUUAAGAUGUGUGAGUUCAAGAUCACACACACAAUGACAAACACACACACCACACAUACUCACAUACUUUCCCAAACAAAGACUUGACUCCCAAAGAGAACGGAAGUGGGAGAGAGAUUUCUUCCAAAUGGAGCAGUGGAAUUAUUUGACUGGUUUUGCUGUUCUACUUUUAUCUUCACUGCUGCAGUUUUGUCUCUAUCUCCCCUCUCUCUCUCUCCCCCCCUCUCAUUCUUCCCCUCUGUCUCUCUUUCUUUCCAUCUCUACAUCUUUCUCCCUCUCUGUCUGAAACUCUCCCAUGUUCUAACACAUCUAUGCACUGUUUUGGUAGACCUUCUAGAACUGUUGUCUUCACCCAUGCACAGAGGAGCCUGUUAAAGGGCUAGUAUGGUAAAUGACUGUAAAUGUAAUAUAUUUCACAUCCUUGUU